CGGUGGACGGUGCGAGAGGGGCGACAAGCAGCAUGUCUGACAACUUUACCGAUUUGGGCAAUACAACACAGCCGGUUGUCACCGACUACAACUUUCCUGCUCUAAUAUUCGGAAUAUUGCUGAUCAUUGUUAUCAUUGGCGGAAAUGUGCUUGUGUGCCUUAGUGUUUACAAGGAGAAAGCGUUGAAAACUACAACUAACUACUUCAUUGUCAGUCUGGCUUUUGCGGACCUACUGCUGGCUGUUCUGGUUUUGCCCCUCUUUGUGUAUGCAGAGGUAAGUCAACUGUGGACCUUAAACAUACUGGUGUGUGACGGCCUGAUGACCAUGGAUGUGAUGCUGUGCACCGCUUCCAUAUUUAACCUCUGCGCUAUCAGCGUUGACAGGUUCAUUGCCGUUUCCAUUCCUUUAAACUACAACCGCAAACAUGUGGACCACCGUCAGAUGAUCCUGCUGUCUGCCACAUGGCUCCUGGCCCUUGCCGUUGCAUCACCCGUCAUGUUUGGCAUCAAUGAUCCCAAUGAUAUCCCCCCACGCGACACCAGCGAAUGCAAGCUGGAGGAUGAUAACUAUGUGGUGUACUCCUCCGUCUGCUCCUUCUUCAUCCCCUGUCCCAUCAUGCUGCUCCUCUACUUUGGAAUUUUCCGGGGUCUUCGGCGCUGGGAGGAGGCUCGCAAGGCCAAGCUGAGGAACAGCAUCCAGGCUUGCCGGAAACUCCAGCAUGCUGCCGCUACUCUACCCCCUGUAGACCCCCUCCCUGGCCCACUGACCAUGCCCCUGCCCAGGAUAAUCGAACGGGACCUGGCCCAGUCUGGCCUGGAGGAGGAAGAGGACUGUGAGCAGCCGGACUGCCCCUUUCCUCCACAGUACAGGAAGAGUUCCAUUGAGAGUGUAACUUACCCAGACCUGUCCUCUUACAACCAGCAGCCACCGAGGAAAACAAGAGCUAAGAUUAACAGCCGGGAGAGGAAGGCCAUGAGGGUGCUCCCUGUUGUGGUGGGUAAGUGGCACUGAGAGCUUUGACUUGUUGCAUCUGAGAAUGACCUGGUUAUAACUAUGACUGAAGUGAGAGCUCUGCUUUGGUCAAAUGGGAUGUUUUGUUGUCUGUGGCAUCAUCUGUAAUAUUACUUUUGGUGUGCCAGUGCACCUACAGAAACAUCUGGAUCUGUCUGAAUGUGGAUGUUACUAGUAGUAGUUUUGUGUUUUUAUUUGACCAUUCUAAUAUAGGAGUCAGGUGGCUGAGC